UAUAGCUACCUACUUUAAUUUUGUCUACAUAUAAAUAGGUUGCCUCUCUUGCAAAUUCUUUUAUCCAUUAUUCUACCUAGCCCCUUAAUUUGUGCCAUUUUCCAACUGUAUAAUUUGUUGCUAGCUACAGACCAUCCAUUUGCUUAAUUAAUUAGUCCAUAUAUCAUCAUGAACAUGGAGACAGUUGAAUUGAAGGUAGAGAUGGUCGGAAUACAUGAGAAAAGAGUGAGGAAAUGUCUAUCUAAAUUAAAAGGAAUAGAUAAAGUAGAAGUGGAAGCUAAGAGUGAGAAAGUGGUAGUGAUGGGUUAUGCACACAAAAACAGAAUACUAAAAGCAAUAAGGAGAAGUGGUCUUAAAGCUGAUUUUUGGUCACCUCAAAAUGAACUCCUUCAAGCUUACGCUGCUAAUUUCACUUUUAACAAAUUUCUUCAUUGAAUUUCAUGCAUCUACUUUUUGUUACAUAAUCUUGUACGUACCUACGUGGUUGCAUCAGUUUUUGAGUAAUUAUUUUUGAGUUAUA